UUGGAAGACGGAGCGAGAAAAAAAAUGACGAGCGAAAAGAGCGCACCCGCGGUGGGAUUCUUUUCUAGGUGAAACGAGAAAAUGAUUGAAGAAACACGCCCGAACGAUGACAGUUACAUUGUGCGCGUCAAAGCGGUGGUCAUGACCCGGGAUGACUCGAGUGGGGGUUGGCUAGCACAGGAGGGAGGGGGUCUCAGCAGAGUGGGCGUAUGCAAGGUGAUGCCCGCUGAGCUGAGUGGCCACAGUGACUUCCUCAUCCAUGGAGAGCGCCUCAAAGACAAGCAGGUGAUUCUGAAAUGUUUCAUUCGGAAAGAUUUGAUCUACACCAAGGCCACGCCCACGUUUCACCACUGGAAGGUCGACAACAAAAAAUGCGGCCUCACGUUCCAGAGUCCCGCCGACGCCCGUGCCUUCGACCGAGGGGUGCGAAAAGCCUUGGAGGACAUUACCGAAGGUUCCACAACUUCCUCUUCAACACUCCAGAACGAGGCAGAGCUGGGCGACGAUGAUGUAUUCACAACCGCCACCGACAGCUCCUCCAACUCCUCCCAGAAGAAGGAGCAGGCCAUACAGCCUUUGGCCACCACCACCUUCUAUGAGCCGCACCGCCAUCACUGCAUACUGGGGCACUUUCAUGAGCAGUACAGGACCUCAGACCGCUACUUCCUGGACCAGGCUGUUCCCAAGUUCCCACGCCAUGUCAGCUUCCUGGACGAGGAGGAGGAGAUUGUGCGCAUCAACCCGCGUGAGCGCACCUGGCUGACGGGCUACGAGGACUACCGACACGCGGCGGCUCGCGACCGCUUCAUUCAGGCCGAGGAUAUGGACUCAUACGUGCACUUCGCCAAGAGCGAGCCACCGUCCAAACACGACUACAACUACCCGUACGCCCCCAGCCACUCAGACCUGGGCCACAAGAGCCCGCGGGGGGGCUCGGAGGGCGUGGUGGUGGCCACGCAGCCGGCGGCCUUCAAACCUAAGGGCAAGCGGCGGAAAGAGGACGGUGAGCGCUCGCGCUGCGUCUACUGCCGGGACAUGUUCAACCAUGAGGAGAAUCGGCGCGGCCAGUGCCAUGAUGCGCCCGAUCCCAUCCGGACCUGCGUGCACCGCGUCAGUUUCAUGUGGUGCGCCGACAGCCUGCUCUACCACUGCAUGUCAGACCCCGAGGGCGACUACUCGGACCCAUGCUCGUGCGACACGGGCGAUGAGCGCUUUUGCCUGCGCUGGCUGGCUCUGCUGGGCCUUUCUCUGCUGGCGCCGUGCCUCUGCUGCUACCCACCGCUGCACGCCUGCCACCGCUGCGGGGUGGCCUGCGGCUGCUGCGGUGGAAAGCACAAGGCCGUCGGGUAACCCCUUGCGAAGCCCACCUUACCCCACCAACUCCCAAAACUACGUCGGAACACAUGCAGGCGAAUGUAUGUACUAUGGAUGGACAGUUCAGCCACGUUUGCUAUUCAGAUAUCCACCUUUCUAAAUGAAUAGUCAGAGACGUGGGAGGUGAGGGUGCUGAAAUUUUAAGCAACAUGUAUGUGACGGUCACAUCACACUAGAUACUGUACCAAAUAUUUUGUUUUCCAUUUAGUAGCUGAACAGUUAAUGGCCCAGUCAGUGUUGUCUGGAAAACCAAACCACUCCCAGUCCUUGUUCAGUUCAGUUAAAAAAAAAAACUGAAAUUUAAACAGAGUUGCUGAUGACAGGUGUCAUAUGUUAAUGAAAAUAUGUUAAUAAAAUAUAUAAUAUGAUUAAAAACUGCACUCUACAACAAGAACAGAUAAGUGUAUGUUUUGCUCAACAUACUUUCUUUUAAGGUUAUUUUAUUAUUUAUCAGAUUAUGAUCUGAUCUAUUUUUUUAAAAUAUAAGCAUAAUUUGUUGAUGAGAUGUUGACAGUCUCAUUUACAGUGGUUUCAUCUGAAAUGUUUCAUUGUAAAAGAACUUCUUUACAAUUGUAGGCAGAAGAACCAGGGGUCGUAAAGUCUAAAGCCAUUUUAUUUACCGUCCAGAAUGACCAGUGAAUCUACACACAUCUUUUUAUAUGUAGUGCUGAGAAUGGUAAAACAGAGAUUAAUCAGAAAAAAAAGUUUUCUUUGGGGACUGUUUUGCCUUAUAACACCUUUCAGGCACCUCUCUGCCAUUAAUAGAUUUAAGAAAAUACGUUUUAGGUCAAAAUCCCACUGAAAGCAGUGGGUGCUGAAUCAUCCUCAGCAUCCUUACCUACCACGUUCCUGCAAAAGGUAAUCGAAUCGACUGAUGAGAAAAUACUGCAGAUUUAAAAAUCAACAAUUUAGUUUAUUAUACCACACAACACAUGCCUUGUUUGAAUACUCAGUUCUGUAAAAAUAUAUGAAGAUAAGUAAUGAUGCCCAUCCUUAGUACAUACACGCCAGCGAGGAGGAAGGACUCGUGUGGGGGCUUCUUGGGGCUUUUUUGGUUUCUUUCUUGUCAAUCUCAGCCCUAUUCCAGAUGGACAAAAAGAAGAAAAAAUGGUGCAUUAAAC